AUGGGAGAUAAUAAUAAUGGUUACGUAUACAGUCUAAGUUGCUGUAAUAAUGGUAAAGUUUAUGCCUUGCACACCCACCAUAAUAAUUACAUAAACAUUGACAUUGUGGUUAAGGAUUCAGAUGUUGUGAUAAGUUACAAGGUCAUGAUUACGUUGGUUAGGGAUGAUUACGAGGAGGUUGAUGAUAACAGCACGAUGAGGAAUGAAGAAACUAUGGAAUCACACCUUCUCAAUCUUCCGUUUGAUGUUUUGAAGAUGAUUAUGGAGAGAUGUGGUGGUCUCGAAUACCUCAAUUUCCGUGCUACAUGCAGGCAUUGCCUAUUAGCGGCACCAAUGCAGACAUAUUCAUUAGGUUCACCAUGGCUGAUGUUAUUCGACAAACAUAGAGGCAUAAUCUCUUUUACUGACCCGAUGUCCGGUGACAAGUACUUUGUAGAAACUCCUGAAGAAUUGAUUGGUGAUUUCCAAAUUCACUCUUCAAAGUAUGGUUGGUUGCUGAUGCGUAAAUAUAAGGGAGACAUGAUGUUCUUUAACCCCUUCACAAAUGAUAUCCGCAAGCUUCCACGAGUUGUUUAUUUUACAAGCUGUUGUUUCUCGGCGCCACCAACUUCCCCCGAUUGUAUGGUUGUUGGAUUUACAACGUAACGUUUGGAAUGGCAUGUUUAUAUACACAUUGUAGCUCGGGGUGCAUAUUGGCGUAGAUAUCGUCUAGAUUUUAACGCUGAUGAUUCACAUUCCUUCCACUUUCCAACGUUUUAUGACCAUAAACUUUAUGCCUUGUGUAAUGAUGGAGGACUUGAUCAAUUCACUGAUAUAGACAAUAAUGUUCUUACGUGGGGAAAAGUUUUAGCUAAAUGCCCAAGAAAUGGUAGUUGCGAAUCUUCUUCUUCGACACACGAGAAAUGUGAUCAACAUCUUUUAAAAGUAAUCGUCGGCGAGUUUGGAGAAUCCGUUGAGGUAGUUAAGCUGAUCAAUAAUAAUUUUAGAUAUAAUUGGGAGAAAGUAGAGAGUUUAGGAAGGCACAUGAUUUAUAUUUGUGGUACAACGUGUCUUUGCGUCGAAGCCAAAACACCAGAAAUGGAGAACAAGAUAUACUUUCCACGGUUACAUAACAAGAACGGGAAGAUAGUGUUUUAUUCUCUUGAAACCAGAAGGUAUCACACAUUUAACUACUGCAGAAAUGUCGAAGAAAACUUUGAGGGAUUCUUGGGAACUAAACAUCAUCUUAACCUUCAUGCGUGGAUUGAGCCAAGUUGGUCGACUUAG